AGUGUCAGAGAGAGAAACAACGACGAAAUUCCGUGAAUCAUCGUCGCAAAUUUCAUAAUUUAUUCAGUGCAUUGCGAAUUGGAAUGCAGUAAGAGUUCGUCAAAAAGUGCAUUUGUGUGUGUCAUUUUGGGAAACCAAGGAGAAGUGUCUUAAAUUCAUCGCAAUAAUGUCUCGAGUGUACUUGCUUCCUGUUGCUUGUUUUCUUUUGUUUCAAGUCACCUUUAUUGUCACCUAUAUCGUUGCUGUGCUCAAAGGUCAUGUAGUACCAAAUGUCCCAUACAUCUCUGACGCAGCUACUUAUUCUCCGGAAAGUUGCUUUUUCGGCUUAUUCAUUAAUUUGGGAUGUAUUUUGCUUGGAGUUGUUAUUUAUACUCGUUACCGGCAAGUUGAGUUAAUUUCCGAACGAUUUGCCGAUGUUCGAGCAGCUUGUGAACAUUUGAAUUCUCGUGCUCUUCGCAUUGGUUUUGGAUCGUGUUUAGGCAUCAUGAUAGUUGCAAACUUUCAAGAAACAAAUGUUCGAAUUGUACAUUACGUUGGAGCUUUGUUGUGUUUUGGACUUGGAACAGUUUACUUUUGGAUGCAAGCUUUCAUCUCGUAUUACAUUCAACCAUAUUGCGGAACAAUGCUCAAAUCGCAUCUCAGACUUACGCUUGCAGUAUUAUGUGCCAUUUUCUUCGUUGUCGUCGCAGUUACAGGAAUCAUUUCGCACAUCUUGUAUCAAGGUUUGAACCCGAGAAAAUGGUUGCCCAGCGAUGGAGGAUGGGGAUAUCACGUUGCUUCGAGUAUCUGCGAAUGGAUUGUUGCAACGGCAUUUUCCUUCUAUAUCUUGACUUUCACGGAAGAAUUUAGAAUUUUGUCUUUCGAUCAUCCGCCAUUGACUUUCAUCGAAAUUGACGAUGGCGAAACAGGAAUUCGAACACAUCAACGCGACACAGAACCUAUUAUUCCAACUGAACCGCAAACGAUGGAGAUUCCAUCCUGAAGUGAAAAUCGCGUUGUUUGCGAUAUUGUGAUAGAAGUUGUGAAGCCAAACACGAAUUCGAACCGUUGUUGUGAUUUUACUAUAAAAACAUUUCCCAAACAAAACCAAAAAUUAUUGACUGACGAAUCUCAAAAUUGUUCACGAGAAAAUUUAACGCCGCGGAGAAGAAAAAAUAAAACUUGUCGAAAGGAUUUAGUAAAACGAAUGUCUGUACACGAAGUUAACCAACUCCUUUCAUUGUCGCUUUCGAUAUUAUUAGCAGCUAUGCUUCAGACUGUUCAUUGCUUCACAAUUUACAUGAACGAACACAUAAAGGCGUUUGGCUUCUGAAAAGCGAAAUUUCUUCUUCUGUUGAUAUCAUACGUAUUUAUCAAAUAAAAGCUAUUAAUUUUUAAGCAUGA